ACCUGCGCCAGCGGCUUCGGGUAGCAGCACAUGCCAUUUCCGUUAUAUCACUCGAUUGAUUCUUCCUCGCCGCGCGCUUCUGUUUUCAAUUUCGUGCUGUUCUAACUUACUUCUUCAGUUUCUAGCUCUCAGAUCAGGGAUCGGACCAUUUCUACACAGAAUUUUCGAACAUUCAAACCUAUGUAAGUAGUCUGAUGCAAAGACCCUGAUGGAAGAAGAGAGGUCAAAUUGGUCCUUUCACACUCUUGGUACCUACAUCAAUCAUGAUGGGUGGCAUAAAACACAAGAGGGUAGAGAAUACUUUACAAGUAUCCUCAGACAUGGAAAAAGGAGAAUGUUUGGCUGUCUGGACAGUCCUUCAUUACCGUCCCAUCUAGAGCAGCCCAAGAUAUUAAAGUAUAAACUGUGCUUGGUUGGGAAAGCUGGUGUAGGAAAGAGCAGUACUGUAGCUAGGUUAUGUGGGCAGCAAGUAGCUACCAACCAUGUGGAAACCCCAGGUAUUGUUAAAGCUGUGACAUACUGGCCUGCAAAGCUGAAGCAUUCUGGGAAACCUGUCAUGUUCUGUCUUGAGUUCUGGGAUGCUGGGCAUGCUGUCCAGAGGAAGUUUGAUCACAUUCAUCCAGCUUGCCGAGAAAAGGCUCAAGCAGUGCUCUACUUCUUCUCCUUCAUUGAUCGUUCCAGCUUCGAGGAUUUGAGAACCCAGUUGUCCAAGACUCUCUCUAACGAAGACACACCUCUUCUGUUUGUGAUUGGUACCAAGUAUGACCAGUACAACCGCAGUGAAAUCACUUCCAGGGAACUUCUGGACUUCCAGAAGCAGUGGCAAGUGCCAAUUCUUAAGUUGAAGAACGUCUUGAAGCCCACGGAAUCGAACGCUCUGUUGGCAGGCGACUCCUGUGCCGAGGUUGACGAUGUUGCUCCUGCCAUGAACACGUUGGUGGAAUACCUGUGGAUUCAUGAUCAAGUUCUUACAGGGAAUAUUGAAAGGACUCCAAAGCUUAAUACUUCAUCAGGAGUAGAGACACAUACAGCUAGUGAUGAUGAUGAAGCCACUUACGUCUGACACAUAUUGAUAUUGCAGAGUUACUGUGAUCUCUGGCAGGAAUGCUUUGUAGCGUUAUCUCUUGAAUAAUGGUAUUGAUGGCUGGAUUCAUCAUCAUAUAACACUUAUUGCCAGAGAAUACAAAGCAUAAUUAUUAUAACACUGGCUUUAGCUUAUGCUACUACAUUGGGUGAUUCAAGUUCAGUCUUGACCUGUUGGUGUUGGUGUCAAUUUUUACACGAGUAUAACACCAAACAUAAACUGAAGAUGGUCCUGAAAAGUCACUCACUAGUUUUUGAGAUGUCAAUAACGUUAUCUGGAUCAGUUUUACAAAGUCAGAAUAGAUUUUUGAGCUAGGGGAAGCAAUCCAAAUUCCAACACUAACACCAACACCAAUUCAAACACCGGACUUGAAAUCACCCAUUAUCUGUAGUGCUCAGUGCAUUCAGGAAUCAAUCCUACCUGGAAGGCUGGUAUACAUUUAUUUCACCCGGGUAGAGAGCAGCACAAUGUGGAUAAAUUUCUUGCUAAAGAAAAACAUUCCAUGGCUGGGAUUCGAACCCAUGAUCCUCCGUAUGGGUGAUGACAGUCAGAACCACUAGACCAUGAUGAUCUGUCAAUCUGUAGAUUAAGCCAAAAUUAUUUCAAUGUGUGUACUUUGAAUACUUUCCCAAACUUAAAUUUCAAAAGUUUGAUCAUGUAAUUGUCUUCUAUAAGCAUCUUAUCUUGCCAAAAAUAUGACAUGGCUGAAUGAGACUAUGAGAAACCCUCUUUAAUCAACGAAAUGAGUAGUAUUGCAGAUAUGCUGUUAGGGUCAGUGGUUUUUAUUUGAGAAAAUUCAUUGUCUUGUAUUUUUGUUUUUUAAUUGUUACAUACCAAUUUAAUUCAUUAUAUAAUUUCUAUUCAUUGUGUAGAACAACCAAUUGGUUCAUCUUACCAUUUCAUAUUGGAUAUUGGCUCAUCACCCAUCAGUGAUUACAUUCAAGGUCCCGACUACAGUUUUAUCAAAAUUUAAUUUCAAGCCUGAAUAAUUCCCCAACUUACAGAACUUAAUCACAUCUUGAAUUAUGAACUUCCCUGCCGAGACCAAAUUUGCAAAGAGGGUGGUAUCACUCACUAGCAUUUAGAAAUCGUUAAUUUAUUUUUAAAAAUGUUUCUUUACAAAUUGAAUACUAUAAUUACCACUCUUAUUCUUAUUUGACCACAUCUGGGAUGCCAUUAUUUCGACAACUUAAAGGAACAUCAUGGCAUGGUAGUCUAAGUAUACAUAGGAUUGACGAUGAUAUGCUUGGUUUUAGGGGUACAUGUGUUAUUAAGGUGUACAUUUCAUUAUUAUAUAUGUAUUAUAUAUAUUAUUAUAUCAAGUAAAGUAUCAAAUGAUGUAUGCAAACUGGA